CGCAGCGCUCGAGCACGCGCCGGGCGGCGGGGGCUCCGGGCAUGAAGCUGGGCCGGGCUGCUCUGGGCCUGUUGCUGCUGGUGUCGGGGGUGGCGCGGGCGGUGGAGCCCAUCAGCCUGGGACUGGCCCUGGCCGGCGUCCUCACCAGCUACAUCUCCUACCCGCGCCUCUACUGCCUCUUCACUGAGUGCUGCGGCCAGAAGCGAAGCCUCAGCCGGGAAGUGCUGCAGAAGGAUCUGGACAGCAAGCUCUUUGGACAGCAUCUUGCAAAGAAAGUCAUCUUAAGUGCCUUGUCUGGCUUCAUAAGCAACCCGAAGCCCAAGAAACCUCUCACCCUCUCCCUACACGGGUGGACCGGCACCGGCAAAAACUUUGCCAGCAAGAUCAUCGCGGAGAAUAUUUAUGACGGUGGUUUGAACAGUCACUAUGUCCACCUGUUCGUGGCCACACUGCACUUUCCCCACGCCGCCAACAUCACCCUGUACAAGGAUCAGUUACAGCUGUGGAUUCGCGGCAACGUGAGUGCCUGUGCGAGGUCCAUCUUCAUCUUCGAUGAAAUGGAUAAGAUGCAUGCUGGCCUCAUCGAUGCCAUCAAGCCUUUCCUGGACUACUAUGACCACGUGGACGGGGUCUCCUAUCAGAAAGCCAUCUUCAUAUUUCUCAGCAAUGCUGGAGCGGAAAGGAUCACGGACGUGGCUUUAGAUUUCUGGAGAAGUGGGAAGCAGAGGGAGGAAAUCAAGCUCAGAGACAUGGAGCAUGCCUUGUCUGUGUCGGCCUUCAAUAACAAGAACAGUGGUUUCUGGCACAGCAGUUUAAUUGACCGAAACCUCAUCGACUACUUUGUCCCCUUCCUUCCCCUGGAAUACAAACACCUGAAGAUGUGCAUCCGAGUGGAAAUGCAGACCCGGGGCUAUGAAGUUGAUGAGGACAUUGUGACCAGAGUGGCCGACGAGAUGACAUUUUUCCCCAAAGAGGAGAGAGUUUUCUCUGACAAAGGCUGCAAAACUGUGUUCACCAAGUUGGAUUAUUACUAUGACGACUGAUGACACAGGAGUCGUGGCCAUGCUGGAGGAGAGAACUCAACACCCAGUCCUUUCCGCGAACCCCGUCCGCCCUGGGACCGGAGCCCACGAGUUUUCCUGUCUGACCGGACAGGCACGUCCUGGGCAGCGCUCACUCAGCGGCCUGCAGGCCGUCACCUGCCGACGGUGGCCCGGAGCAGCCCGGAGCCUUCAAGGAGGAAGUGGCUGCUCCCAGCCCACUCGGACCAGGGCUCAUGAUUUUUUAAAAAUCAUGUUUUAAUGUCAAGUGUUGCUGUUGCAAGGAAGGAUGAAAAAGUUUUACUGAAAAUGUGAUAACUUUAUUUAAAAUGGUUUUUAACACUCUGAGAAACUCUUCAGACUCUCAGUUGUUGGCUUUGUGUGGUUUUUCGAGUUCCCGUCAUUGUGACGCACACCGUGAUGUCUGCUGCAGAGAGCCCAAGUCCAGAGCACGUGUUCGAGGGGUGAGGACCGAGGCUGAGCCGUGACCAGAUCCGUCACAGGACAGCCAUCUCAGGCAGCAGUGUUCCCUGGAAGGACAGGGAUGGAAGGGGCGUGGGCAGAUCGGAGAAGCCGUCAGUGGGCCCCAAGGGCUCUCCUCUUGGUGGCACUGAGACACUUGGGACGUUCCCCUGAAAGGAGCGGACUGCCAGCCCGUCCCGUGCCAGCUCUGCCGGGAGGCCCUCUGCCUUCCAUUCCCGAGAGCCCUGUGCUGUCUGGCAAGUUUUGCCAUGUUUUUUAGAAGCCUCACUCAUUUACUACUACUUUCUAUGUUUAAUUAGCACUCCCAAUUCCUCCUAGGACAGUUCAGCUGCCCCUCCCUUUGCGGGUGCUGAGAACUGUUUUUAUUAAGCCAACAGCUACCAUUUUACAAUAAA